AUGUCAACAUUGCUUUACUCGAACAAACGUCUUGAAAUGAUUUAUUUAAUGAACGUUUCUCUGUAUUUUGAAAAAUUUGGAGAUGUCCAACACUUUAUUAAAAUAAACAAAAAAUGUCACCAGACUAUUUGUUCUCUUCAUGUAAAUCCAUUUUUCCUUUCUAUAUCAGACAUUUUUCGUUUUGAAAAACACUUCCACCCAAACACAUUAAACUUCAAUGACUGUGAAUAUCAAAACAUACCAAAAAGAAAACGCGGAACUCCAAAUAACGUUGAAGCCUUUUUGGAACAAAUCACUUCGAAUUUACUUCGAAACGUCCCAAAUAGCAUUUCUCAGAUAAUUUGGGACCGCGGGUUCUCACAUUAUAAACAGUUUAUUAGUAAAGUUGAAUCAAUUUAUAUCGACUUUCCUACCGAAAAUAGAGACUUUGAAAUACAAAAUUUCUUCGGUGCCGAGACACGAAACCCACAUGAUCUUACACAAUUAUUUGACCACAUCAGAGUCCUUAAAACAUCGCCAAUAACACUAUUCCUGCUCUUGUCGCAAUUCAAUCUCAAACAUUUGGAUUGUAAAAAAUUUCCACAAAGAGUCGAAUUGUACAUUGAAGAACGCUCUUUUAAAAUGUAUCCAAUAACGUCGUUUUUGGAAAUGUUGGAUGAAAAUAUCAAGAAACUAAAAUUUGAAGUUGUGUUCUUCUGGAAAUUUAUUGACGAUAAUACUUUGUAUUUCUAUGAUAAUAAGUUGGAUGGAAAAUGGGGAAAUAAAAUGUAUUUUGAGUACAUUAAUGUCCACGGAGAAAGAUCAUACAAACUCUGGGAUUUUGAAAUGAAAGAUAAAAUUACACAAAGAAUGAAAAUAAUUAAAAAACAAACACCGUUUUAUUAUUAA